AGGAGUGGGACGCUUGUCUAAACCGUCUGGCAGCAUUGUCAUGCCUCAAUAUCUCUGUGGUCGACGAUCGUAAGUAACAGUGACCGAUAAGCACAAGGAUAUUUUUUUUCAUGUCUUUUCUCAUUAUAGAUUGAGUGAGCGGGAUCAAUGACGGCCUGGAGGAUGGUAAUGUAUAAUCGCCAGUACUGUGGGGUACCGUUUGACAUUUAUUUCCAAGAAGCCUACGGCUCACCCGAGACUCAGAUGAAUUACCUGCUUCAGAGGCCUGACACACCAAAAAGCCUUCGUGUGAUAACUUGUUUCUGUUCUUCCGCGAUCGAACAUACCCUUGCAUAAGGGGUGCACAAACAACGUUGGAUGAAGGGACAGGUGGUAGUGUUGAAGUUUUUCUUGAAGAAGACAACUGUUUGAGCUAAAGGUAGGGCUUGAGGAAAAGGUGCGGUUGUGCAGCGUAGCAUAUGGAUGUAAAUGGGGCUAUAAAUAACUUGAGGACGGGAUUAAAUAUAGAACCGCAGUGGGGCUCUACCAAAAAAAA